CCUGACCUGUACCUUUGGGAAUACAUUUUUAAUUCGAAAAACUUAAACAUUAAAAUUUUCCAAAAUGUCUUUCGACCAGAAGGAGAUCUUCAGUUUGAUGUACAAACUGGCUCGGCUAAUAGUGCCCGAUACUCGAGUUGAAUAUGAUUCGUCGGGUCCCGUGCACAUUCCUCUGGAUCGAAAGUUCGGUCCGCAGACCAUGAGAUCUCUGAUGAAAUUUCCGAUUGGAGGAGUUGAGGAAAGAAUGCCACGAGCCCUUAUCAGUGCCUUGGGCAUAGUGAAGAAAUCGGCUGCGGAGACGAACAAAAUCCACUGUCUGGAGGAGCACCUAUGCGAUGCCAUUUCCAAGGCCUGUGAUGAUGUCAUAUCGGGCAAACUCUAUGACGAGGAGCACUUUCCGCUGGUCAUAUGGCAGGAUGGAUGCGGCGAGCACACAAACAUGAACGUAAACGAGGUCAUUUGCAAUCGGGCCAUCGAGAUCCUGGGCGGCCAGAUGGGUUCCAAGGAGCCGGUGGACCCCAAUGAACAUGUCAACAUGGCACAAAGUUCCCACGACACCUUCUCCACGGCUGUGCGAAUCGCGGUGGCCAUGCAACUGCAGGAGAAGCUGUAUCCCAGUCUAAGGACCUUUAUUAGUCUGCUAGGCAAGAAGUCGCAGGAUUGGAUGGACUUAAUCAAGAUCGGCAGAACACAUCUCAUGGACGCAGUGCCUCUGUCCCUCGGCCAGGAGUUCAGUGGCUAUGAGCAGCAGCUGGUGAACGGAAGGACGCGACUGGACUCGGCCCUCUGCCGAUUGUACCAGUUGCCCAUGGGCGGCACCAUGGUGGGCACCAGAGCGGACACCAAGACGGGAUAUUCCGAGCAGUGCAUCAAGCGGAUAGCCGAGCUAACAUUUCUACCCUUUGUGGAGUCACCGAACUUCUUCGAGUCCAUCUCCGCCUGCGACUCGCUGGUGGAACUGCACGGCGAACUCAACACCAUUGCGGCGAGUGUGAUGAAGAUAGCGAAUGACAUACGGUUCCUGGGAUCGGGACCACGCUGCGGAUUUGGGGAACUCAAUCUGCCGGAGAACGAACCGGGUAGUUCCAUCAUGCCCGGCAAGGUGAAUCCCACGCAGUGCGAGGCCAUGUCCAUGAUCUGCGCCCAGGUGAUGGGCAACCAUGUGGCCGUCACCAUGGGCGGCUCAUGUGGCCACUUUCAGCUGAACACCUUUAUGCCCAUGAUCGCCGCCAAUGUGCUGCGCUCGAUCACCCUGCUGGGCGAUGGCAUGAAGUCCUUCUGCGCCAACUGCCUCGACGGCAUCGAGCCGAACAGGAGCAAGAUCAAGAGCAUCCUCAAGGAGUCCCUGAUGCUGGUCACCGCCCUGAGUCCCCACAUUGGCUACGAGCGAGCCGCUGCGAUCGCCAGGGCGGCCCACGUGAGCGGAACCACCUUGGAGGAGGAGGCCCUCCAUAACGGCAUCACACGGGAGGACUUCCGGGAGUGGGUGCAGCCCAGCAAGAUGCUGGGUCCCGAAUAGUCGGAAUGGCCACCAAACCGAAACAGGAUCAUGAUUCAAAUACCUUGGGGGAGACUAUUAAAUUUGUUUUAGUUGUUAUGUGGAGCUCUUAAAUUGAAUAAACGUGGUUCUAUGUGAACAUUUACUUUA